AUGCCUUCUAAACCCCUUCAUAACCAGGGCUUCCCGGUACCCGUGAGUAGCAACGCCGGCUUCGUACCAUUACAACGAGGUGGACAGUCAGUAAGCAGUAGUAAUAUAUUUGGACCUGUAAGUAGCUCGCAAAAUCGACCAAUAAUCGUUGGUUCUAGUGGAUCGGGGACAAAUUUUCCCCUGGAGCCAAUUCCUACCUCAAUUUUCGAAAAUCUUAAUAGCAACCGUCGGCAGCCAAUUUAUAUUUUCACAAGAAUUGACCCGGUGACAGGCGCCAUCAUCAGCCCAAAUAUGAUUUUCCGUGUCAAUUACACGGCCGGCACACCCGUACAACCGUAUCUCCUGACGUAUCUCAACACAGGCGUUGCGCAGCCAACCCUGAAAGCACUGCUCAAUGUUCUCAAUGAAUAUUCAAACGGACCAGAGCAACCGACUUAUUUGCUCUCUCGUAUCGAUGAAACAACUGGCGUGCCGACGCCACCCUUCCUUCUUUUCAACAUCAAUCGCGCCACUGGGCAACCAAAAGCCCCUUAUGUACUUUCAAGACUGGACUUGCCUACCGGAAAACCAGCGCAACCUGAAAUCCUGCAAUAUCUCGAUCGCGAAACUGGGCAACUCAUUGUCAACGAAAUGUUGCCACUUUUGAACGGCUAUAUUUCGCAGGGUUCGAAAAGAAAGUGA